UAAUAUUAUCUCUUGUCUCAUAUCUACGAAUUGUUUAUAUCAAAAAGAAGGAAAGAAAAUAGUCUAUAGAAGUUUUGAGAUGGUAUACUAGUACAUUUUCCUAUUUUAUUUUUGUUGCAUUUGAAGACUCUUCAACAUAUAUUUAGAUCCUAACACUAGCCAUGAAUUGUUCUUCUCUUCAUUUUUUUGCAGGCAUCAUGAUCUUUAGGACAAUCUUUCUAUUCCUAGCUUUUAUGGCCACAAAUUCAAUAGCUUUAGCGGCGCAACAAACAUAUAUAGUACAUUUGGACGAGACCAAAAUCAAAUCCUCAAUUCAUUCUCAAGACAUCACAAAACCAUGGUCUCAAUCAAUCAUUGAUUACAUUUCCGAAGCUUCGACCAAAGGAGAAGACGAAGAAGAAGAAGAAGAGAUUUUAUCACCUCAGCUUCUUUACGCCUAUGAAACCAACAUGUUUGGUUUUGCAGCCAAACUUUCUGAUAAACAACUCAAACACUUAAACCAAAUUGAUGGUUUCCUUGCAGCCAUACCUGAUGAACUAUCAACCCUCCACACAACACAUACACCAAAUUUUCUUGGCCUGAGUAAUGGAAAAGGACUAUGGAGUGCUCCAAAUUUGGCCACUGAUGUGAUCAUUGGUGUACUCGAUUCCGGAAUAUGGCCAGAACACAUCAGUUUCAAAGAUAUAGGCUUCUCUCCAAUACCUUCUCAUUGGAAAGGUGUUUGUGAACCAGGCCCUAUGUUCUCAACCUCAAAUUGUAACAAAAAACUCAUUGGUGCAAGAGCCUAUUUCAAAGGCUACGAAAAGUUCAUCGGGAAAAUCAACGAAACAACCGAUUAUCUUUCACCUAGAGACUCUCAAGGACAUGGAACACACACUGCCUCAACUGCAGCUGGUGAUAUAGUGAAAAAUGCAAGCAUUUUUGGACUUGCUAGAGGCUCAGCUAGUGGAAUGAGGCAUACUUCAAGAAUUGCAGCUUAUAAAGUUUGUUGGCCUUCUGGCUGUGCUAAUUCUGAUGUAUUAGCAGCAAUGGAUCAAGCAGUUUCUGAUGGUGUUAAUGUUUUGUCACUCUCUUUAGGAAGUAUUCCAAAACCUUUUUAUAAUGAUAGUAUUGCUAUAGCUUCAUUUGGAGCAACAAAAAACGGUGUCUUUGUUUCUUGCUCAGCAGGCAACUCAGGCCCUUUUGCAUCAACGGUCGGAAACGGCGCGCCGUGGAUCAUGACAGUUGCUGCCAGCUACACUGACAGAACAUUUCCAACAAAAGUGAAACUUGGCAACUCAAAAACAUUUGAAGGCACAUCUUUGUAUCAAGGUAAAAACCAAACAAGCCAAUUAUUGCCACUUGUGUAUGGAAAAACAGCAGGUAGAAAAAGGGAAGCAAUGUUUUGCACAAAAGGGUCACUUGAUACAAAACUGGUUCAUGGAAAAAUAGUUGUUUGUGAGAGAGGUAUAAAUAGCAGAACUGAAAAAGGUGAACAAGUUAAAAAAUCAGGUGGAUUAGGAAUGUUACUACUUAACUCAGAAAAUCAAGGUGAAGAGCUUCUUUCUGAUCCUCACAUUUUGCCAGCUACUUCAUUAGGUGCUUCAGCUGGUAAAAUCAUAAGAAACUACAUCAACAGUGUUAAAAAACCAACAGCUUCAAUUUCAUUCAUAGGAACAAGGUACAAUGAACCUGCACCAAUUAUGGCAGCAUUUUCAUCAAGAGGACCAAGUAUUGUAGGACAAGAUGUUAUCAAACCAGAUGUUACAGCACCUGGUGUUAACAUCUUAGCUGCAUGGCCAUCAAAAACUAGUCCUAGUUUGGUCAAAAGUGACAAAAGAAGAGUCCUAUUUAACAUAGUUUCAGGUACAUCAAUGUCUUGUCCUCAUGUUAGUGGCAUAGCAGCAUUGAUUAAAUCAGUUCACAAAGAUUGGUCACCUGCAGCUAUUAAAUCAUCUCUUAUGACUACUGCUUACACAUUGAACAAUCGAAAUGCUCCGAUUUCGGACCUUGCUCCGAACAAUAAUUCGGCUUCUGCUAACCCUUUUGCAUUUGGUUCAGGACAUGUUGAUCCUGAAAGUGCUUCUGAUCCUGGAUUAGUCUAUGAUAUUAGUACCAAUGACUAUUUGAAUUACUUUUGCAGCCUUAAUUUUACUUCUUCGCAGAUCGCUAUUUUGUCGAAAAGUAAGUUUAAUUGUUCUAUGAAACAAGUUCAAGUUGGUGACUUGAACUAUCCUUCAUUUUCUGUUAUUUUUAGCAGAACAGGAAAAAGUGCUAGUGUGACAUAUAAGAGAGUUGUUACAAAUGUUGGAAAAUCAGAAAGUGUUUAUGAAGUCAAAGUUGAACAACCAAAUGGAGUUGUUGUUAGUGUUGAACCAAGGAAAUUGAAGUUUGAUAAAUUGGGUCAAAAAUUAAGGUAUAAAGUUACAUUUUUUGGAAUUGGAAAAGGAAGAGUUAUUGGUAGUUCAUCAUUUGGGUCACUCAUUUGGGUCUCUGACAAAUAUAAAGUUAGAAGUCCUAUUGCAGUUACAUGGCAAUAGUGAAAUAUCUUUUUCUAUUGACAUAAGAAGGAUUUAACUUCAUUUUAUCAUACUUUACUUUACCUUAUUGUUUACGUGCAAGAAAUUAGUAGAAUUAUAAGGGUAAUUUAUUAUUUCUUAUAGCUAAUUGUUUACAUGGUUGUUUCUAAUGAUUCAUUUGAACACUUUUUAUUUAUCA